AUGGAUCAAAUACCAGCAAGUAGUGGUACUGAUGCUGAUGGUGGACCAACGGCGAUGACAAUAAAGCGUUUUAUGGGACGUACCCCAGGUGUUAUAAAGUCCAAAUUUUUAUCUGUUUUAGGAAAUAGCACGGACAUUAUUAGUGGCAUAUCAAAUAAGAUUGAUGCAGCUUUGAGUCUUUCUACGUCGUCGGAAGACACGGAAACUACCGCAAAUAGAAAUCAGGCAAAGGUUCAAGCGAAAUUGGAUGCUUCCAAGGAAAAUUGUCGACAAAAUACGAAAGAUGCUGAUACCCUCGACUUUGACACAGUUGACUUCGAUUAUCGCAAGGUAAAAGAACGUCGUGCCAUGGAAGAAGUGCAAUGCGGUCGUUAUCGACAACCAACCUUCGUGGCAAGCAAAUCCUCAAUGAUGGCACAAGCAGCUGCCGAGCCAUGUGACUUAUUGGUGCUAGAAAAGCAGGCACACGAAAGUAGCAAACAUAGUUCAACGGAGACCGAAUACACCAAUUCCAUUGAUUCGCCAUCUCCACGUCCCGACAUCGAUUUGGAAUUUCUCGAACAAGUCAAUGUAGUGCGGAUGGCCAUCGAAGGCAAAAAUGUAGAAGAUAUCGACAAUAAAGGAGAUGCAAAAGGACAAAAUGUGGAACCUUCGCAAUCCGUUGAUCGACUAGCCGUCCCAAGCAGCAGCGCGUCCACGAGCGACAACGAUCCGUGCAUCGCUGAUGUGAGUUUUGAAUCUGCAGACAUAAAAAAUUGGAUAAGAUCCGAGUCAUAUACUUCUGUACCGUCAUGGGCUUCGUCCAUUAGCUUGGAUAGUCAGAGUGAAGAGGCAGCUUUGGAAUUUAUGAGGAGUUUCGUAACGACCCUGUUUACGGAUUGCGGUUCCAUGACGAUGGAAAUGAAGUCUGAUUUUGGACAAUAUGCACGAACAGAAACCGGUCGAUUAUGGUUCUCGCGCUUGCUGAAUGUCCAACGUGUCAAGUCCAAAAAAGUUGAUGAACUCACAUUUUACGCCCUCAUCCAGUAUUUUGCCAUCAUUCUCUUCGAAUGUGUCGAGAGUGAUGACUUCUCGCCGGCGAAAAAUCUGAUGAACAUGUGUUUCACGUUCUACCACGAAGUGGAGGUGCCUGGUUGCGAGCCAUAUCCCGAGUAUUUGUACACGUACUUGAAGGACCAGCCGAUUUGGCAUUCGCUGCGCUUCUGGAAUGCCGCAUUUUUCGACGCCUUACAGUCGCAACGGGCACACCGUCCCGUGCCGCCAACCGUGAAAGCAACCGAUGUCACCAAAGAUCCCGUAUCGGGAUCAAAAAGUGAGAGUUUGCCGCAGAGCGAGAACGAUCCGCAUUCCGCAGCGUCAUCCAUCAUCAACGAGAUGGAGCUGGAGGACGACAAGCAGUUUCAGCAGAACAUUACGUUCGGUCAGCUGGGGACUUUUACCUGCAACAUGCACGCAUUCGGGCUAAGUCGCGACCUGACGAACGAAUUUCUCCGGAAACAAUGCACAAUUGCGAAUUUGACGAAGGAACAAGUGAAAUUGUUGCAAGACAAUGUCAAUCGAAUGUAUCGCGAAACGGACCCGUGGCGACAAUAGAUGACUUUAGAUUAACUCAGGCCUCGUUUCUACCCAGUUUUGUACUUUUUGAACGUCGUAAAGCAUUUUCCAUCGCUUUUGCUCGUCUCUUUGGCGAGAAUUUCGAUUUUCUCAAGUAAUUGCUUGCAAUCUUGCACCUUUUCCAUCUUCUAAUUCCAAACUGUUUUUCUUAACGCACAUAAAUUUGAAAAAAAGAGUGAUGAAAGGCGCAUUUACGGAUUUUUUUGACUGAAAAAAUUGACAGACACGAAUUGCUUGCAAUAGUAACGCAUUUGUUCUUUAAAAAAACGCUUUAAAAUUAAAAAUUCUUGUGAUCUCUAUCGUUAAGAUUCCCUUUUUCAAAAAAAUUAUCGCAAAAAAAUUUUGAAUUAAGCAAAAUUGUUUUCAAAUUGUUGAAUUAAUAAAUUUAAUAGU